AUGUCACGACCUCAUUCUUCACUUUCAGAAUUCUCCAUCCUUUCUUCGCUCGAUGCUUUGUCUAUCGCGUCUACUGGCCAAUCAUCCCGACGCGCAUCAUCCGCCUCUCAGAUCCUCCAUCCUUCAUCUCACGUCAGCUUUCCUCGAUCAUCCCUUUCAUCAGACGAAUACGAGCAUGUGUUCUUGUCCCAAACAUCAGAUCAUGGUUUAUCAUCACCCUCUUUAUCGGGGAUGGAGGCUUCCUCCCUCGAAUCAAGUCAUGAAGAGGCUGAAGAGCUGCGUGGGAGAAAGUCAGCUUCCGCCAAGAGGAGGGAAAGGAAGAAGAAGCUAAUAGCUGGAGAGAAAGAGCGAGCUGCGCAAGGUAUACCUUCCACUAGGGCAUUAAUGACAACACAAAGUGAGAUACCGCAUACCCCUAAAGCCAAACAACCCAGCCACACAAGUCAUCUCGAACAAACACCUGGUCCUUCGACUCCUCGCCCGCCAUCAUCUCUCGCUUCCUCUGGCGUUCUUAUCAGUCAGUCUGAUGACUUACUCCAACCCACUCAUCGAAAAACUAGAAGAGGGGGAAAGAGAGCUCGUCGACGGGUAGAGAAUCGUGGAUUGGCCAUAGAGGCAUCAGAGGUAGAUGACGAGCUUUUCGCUGAUGACGAUACCACUUUACCAACGUCUUCAGCUAGAACCAGUAGAUCAGGUACUCCCGUGAGAGUGUCUGUGGAUCAAGCUUCGGAAUGUUCAGCGGAUGGAGCAUCACACAUACUUGAUGAUGAGGAAGAUGAGGUCGAUGCCCUCUCUGCCUUAGAAGAUGAGCUUGGAACUCCGCCUAGUAAGAGAAUGGCAGGAAGUAUGAUGAGUGCUGAGGAUGCUGCGUCGUCUAUUGACAGUUUCCUUUCCGAUCCCAGGAAUUUCAUGACCAUCAAAGCAAACAAGCUUCGUCUUUGGCAAUCACUUUGCAUCGAGCUUGGUCUCGUCAAUUUAGCAGGCGACGAACUUCCCGAUCUUCCUACCGUGGUCUGCGCCCCUACACCACCUCGACCAAGAGAAACUACUCCUGAGCCAGCUCAACCAUUUGUUCCUAAGAAACACCAGCUUCCGGAAACUCUCACUCAAGCGAGAAGAAUACUCAAGGAUCACGCGCAUGUCAAUCUAGUAGAUUACCUUGAGGCAAGAAAAUUCUGCCCUCCUGCAUAUGUCGGUGCUUAUCAAGGUCUACUUUAUCCUUCCACCAGCGCAAUGAAGAAAUACACAAGACAUCGAGGAAAAUUCGCCGAGAAGGAAUUGGUCAGAGCGGAAUGGCUGGAACCUUUGAUGAAAGACUUUGGGGUUAGAAAAGCUAAAGGAUUAGCGUAA